AUGCCGGAAACUGUUGUGCUCUUGGCGCUGUCACUCAAGCACCUUGCAGUGUGCACGUGUCCUACCAAACCCCACACUCCGCUCCUGUCCGGAACUAAGGGUCGUACGAGCGUUGCCACUAGCUCAGCAAAUGAUCUAUAUAAUAAUAGGUGCAGCUUGUUAAAAGGUGUCCAGCGUUUUGGCGUUGUCAGGUCGUUUAUCGGCGCUGUCUUGUCCUUCCUCUCACCUAGGUGA